CUAAUUGUUGCCUCCCCCUUCUAUUCUGCAUCUGCGAAACCCUAACCCUAGUUUUAUCGUUUUUCUGCGGUCGCAAAGUCUUUGCAAGUCCUAAACCCCAUUUUACUUAACUUAAUUUCCUGAUCUUUGUUCUCUAUCAGAUCUCUGGGUCGUUAGAUAUUCCGGAAAGGUAAAAGGUUAUGGGUUCGAAAUCUAAGGGUGCAUCAUUGGAAAACGAUUCAAAGCCCUCCGACGGCCAGCACACGGGAGAGGGAGCGAGUCCUGGAAAGAUUUUUAUCGGUGGAUUAGCGAAAGACACGAGCUUAGCUACAUUCACAAAGUAUUUCGGAAAAUAUGGAGAGAUAACCGAUUCAGUUAUAAUGAAAGAUCGAUACACCGGGCAACCAAGGGGUUUUGGGUUUAUUACCUAUGCUGAUCCAUCAGUUGUUGACAAGGUUAUCGAAGAGACCCAUGUUAUCAAUGGAAAACAAGUUGAAAUUAAAAGAACCAUACCUAAGGGCUCUGUACAAUCUAAGGAUUUUAAAACAAAGAAGAUCUUUGUUGGUGGGGUGCCAACAACUGUUACUGAAGAUGAGUUCAAAAAUUUCUUCUCCAAGUAUGGGAAGGUGGUGGAUCAUCAGAUCAUUCGAGAUCAUGCAACCAAUCGUUCUCGAGGCUUUGGAUUCAUAAUAUUUGACAUUGAACAAGUUGUAGAUGAUAUAUUAUCCAAGGGUAAUAUGAUUGAUAUGGCAGGCACCAAGGUUGAGAUCAAGAAAGCUGAACCAAAGAAGCCCUCAAAUCCACCACCUGCUCCUGCAUUUGGUAGUGAUUCUAGGGGCCGUCCAUUUGGUGACGGUCUUGGUGGAUUUGGUGACUCUUAUAGUGGUUUUGGUGGCGGUGGGUUUGGUGCUGCUUCAUAUAGGAAUCCUGGAGGUCUUGGUGGUAGGCUUGGUGGGUAUGGUGGUUAUGGUGGUGCUAGUGAUUUUGGUGGUGGUUAUGGGGGUGGUUUUGGCAGCAAUGGCCUAGGUGGUUACCGAGGAGAGUCAUCCCUUGGUUAUUCUAGUCGUCUUGGACCAUACAGUGGAGGAUUUGGAGGAGGUUAUGGUGGAAGCGGACUAGGUGGCUACGGCCGAGGAGGUGAAGGCUAUGGAAGUUAUGGAGGUUCAGGCUACGGAGGUAGUUACGAUUCUGGCCCCGGUGCCAGCUAUGGUGGUGCAGGUGGUUUUUAUGGAAGUAGGGCAGGCUAUAGUGGCAGUAGUCGAUACCAUCCUUAUGCAAGGUAGAAAGAGAUGCAUCUUGUUGCAAGUGCUUAAGCUUCAUUUUAGCGGUUCGGCACGGGUAUCUCUAGAUUUCAGCAUAAUUCUUCUCUUAUGGCUCGAUAGAGGCUUGCAGGUGCUAGAAGUGUCUUCAAUUAAAAGGAAAGGUCUAGAAGAUCAGAGGAAGUAUUGUUAGAUAUUUUUCUUCAUCUCUCUUAUGGCUCGAUAGAGGCUUGUGCUGUAUGACGUAGACCACCUUUUUAGACCGUCUUCUAUUUAGUGAUUUGUGUCUGCUUGUUAGACAUGUUAGAUAAAUUUGUGGGUUUAGCUUGAUGUAGACUUUAGCCUUUUAAAUUUAGAGUAUGCUACAAGUUGUCCUGAUGAUACUAGAUAGAUAUAUUUUCUUUUACAAUUAGCUGUAGCAAAGGAAUAUUUUUAUCAUUGCAAGCACUAGGACUUGCUAAUGCUUUGCAUUGGCCAGUGGGCUGUGGUAUUUUAUGAAAGCUCAGGACCAGGACAUGGCAGGAGUUGCACCUCA